AUGGACAGCUCAACAUCUCCUCAAAAUGCCGAAGCCGACAGACCUCCUAGACCUUCUGAGGGUGUUGAUGACCACGAUGGAACCGGAAGUGCUGCGGGCAAGCGAACUACGUUGUCUGGAACCCUGCAACGCUUUCUGGACCAGGUUUUGCACUUCUUGUCUCACGCCAGCAACGAGACUUUAGGAGCAUGCCUUGUCGCACUAGGCGCAACCACUUACUUUGCGCUCGGCCGGAUAGGGCUGGUCAUCCUCGGUGUUGCCAGUGGAGUGGUGCUUCAGGCGACAUGGGAAGGCAUACGGCACGACGAUCGCGACGAGGGGAUGAAGCAGGCGGAGAAGGAACAGAGGCGGCAAGCUGGUGUGGAAGUAGCGAAGAGAGUACUGGGCUGGCGGACGGCUAACCGAGAUGAGGGUGAGGCUAAAGAAGACAUGAGGGUAUACGCGAAUCAGCAGCUUGACUUCUCCAGCUUCGGUCCGAAGGCCGCUGAAGCGAUGGACUACUUCGCAAACACAAUCAUUAAAGACUACGUCAAGUACUGGUAUGACCCGGCCAUACCCGGCGAGGAGUCAUUCCCCGGUUCGUGUAAGCGAACAUUAAUCGCGUUCCUACUAUCUCUUACUGGCCAUCUGAAGCGCAAACGACCAGCAGAUGUCUUCCUAGACUUCGUUACCAAUGUGAGCAGCAUUAUCAUCGUCUUCCUGAACGAGCUCUCCGCUGCGCUAAAUGCUUCGCCAAAUGCAAGCGCUGAGGACGCCGUUGCGACCUACCUUGCGCUGAAGCCGGACAGCAGUUUGUCGUAUAUGCUGAAUCAGCAUUCGCAAGAAGCUAAGCUUGCGGAUGCAGCAGAAGACAUACUGCAGGCGUACCUCGAUCCGAAGGCGUACAAUUGUCCGCCGGUGCAGACGUUGCUCAAGGAAGUCCUGGCACAACUGGUUCUUGGGUAUACGGUCACCUACUGCUCAGAGCCCUCGUGGCUCAAUGAUUGGGUCGUGUACGGACUUGAGGAGAGCGCGACGACGAAGGAGGUGAUGGACAUGGUUGAUGCUGGAGUAGAAGGCAGGGUGAAGGAAAAGGCGCCACCCAUGAAUGCCGCGGAACAGGCGGAGACGGAAAGCCGAGCGGAAGCUGCCACUGAAGAAGUAGAGCAGCAAAUACCGGAGCCGGACCACAAGCGCUAUUCGAGUAAGGCCGAAGAAGCUAUGGACGAGGCUAUGCGAGAGGCUCAACGGCUAACACAGCUCAUGAUUGAGGAGGAUGAAAGACGAGCGAAGGAGGAGGAAGAGAAGCAAGCCGCGCUGAGCAGCUCGGAAGACGUCUCCGACGCGGUGACCACUCAUGGUGCUCCUACACCGACAUCAAGUCAAAGUGAUAAGGAUCGGCAGUCCGGAGAGCAUGAUGGAUCGAACAGGGAGCAGUCUGCAACAUUAGCUUCGUCAACGGCUGUAAGCUCUCCACCAGCAUCUCCGGAGAGCCAGCAGUUUGCAACCUUCGAUCAGUUUUCACAUCAACCUACUGCCCUGCUAGACAGCCCUGAUCGAUCACGCGGCGACCCGGUUCAGCUCACAUUACACAACGCCACCAUCUCCAUCUUUGACGACAGUGUCCCUAGCGACCGUACAACCAUCAAGACCAAACCGAUGGCCGAUUAUAUGAUCCAGAUCGAACCUUCGAACACAACCUUCGCAGGGUGGAUGAUCGCUCGCAAGUACGCCGACUUUGAGAACCUUCACGAAGUGCUACGGCGUAUCAGCGUCAUCACCGGUGUGAAGGGCUUCGCGCAAUCUCAUACCGAGCUCCCGCGAUGGCGGACUAACACUAAGGCUUCGCUGCGAGAGGAGCUGGAACGCUACCUGACAGAUGCCGUGCGCUUCCAGCCACUCGCAGAAAGUGAAGGCAUGAAACGGUUUCUCGAGAAGGAUCAAGGGCUUGCUAAGUCACCUUCGGAGCGGAACCGGGGCUUUGGAUGGCCGACACCAGAUGCUUUCGGCAAGUUUGGCGGGGAUAUGAUGAACGUGCUUACCAAGGCACCCAAGCAAGUUGCCGGUGGUGGCAAGGCUGUGUUUGGAGGUGUUGCCGGAUUGGUUGGCGGCAAGCGCGGGAGCUUUACUCAGGCCAGCCUUAGUCGGACCAACACCGUGCCUACGGCAGAUGGUACGUUGCACCGAAGCACGCCUAGUCUUGCACAGUCCCCACGUCCUAGUGUAACCUCGUCCGCACGGAUGAGCGGUGAGAAUAUCGCACGCGACGAUGACACGACUGCGUCAACGAACUCGACAGCCCUGUCGGCGACGCACGUCCCGAGCCUUGAGGGCGCAGUAGAAGCACCUGUUGACCUCCCGCCUCCGCCAUCGGAGAUACCGGAUGACUUUGGUCAGCCGAAGCAUGUCGGUAAAAAGAGCACCGACUUACACCAUUCCGCCAACCAUGGCCAAUCGCUCCUCGGUGACGACGAACCGCCUCCCACACCACCAAGACCGAGCAAGCCAGCCGCAGCAGCAAAGCCUGCAGACAAGCCCAAGCAGCCACUCACAGAACGAGAGACUUCCGUCGCCAUCGAGCUUAUGUUCGCCGUCAUCACAGAACUAUACACGCUCUCGUCAGCCUGGCAAAUCCGCCGGACGCUCCUCGCAGCGGCAAAGAACUUCCUCCUGCGGCCUGGUAACCCAACACUGAUCACCGUCCGCGACAUGCUGCAAAAGUCAUUGCUGGACGACAACCUCAGUGACACGGGCCUGGCAGCGCACAUCUACAAACUGCGGGUGAACGCUCUUCCAACCGCCGAAGAGCUUGAGGUCUGGAACCGUGACUAUCCGGAAAAGACGCCUGAGCAGAAAGAAGAGCUUCGUGUCAAAGCUCGCCGCUUGCUGGUGACGAAGGGCAUGCCGCAGGGUUUGGCGGCCAUCAUGGGCGCUGCCGCCAGUGGCGAGGCGUUAGGGAAGGUGUUUGACUGCUUACAGGUGCCUGAAGUGAGUAGGGGUUUGGUUUUCGGGCUUGUGCUGCAGGCGCUACGCAUUGUCACGCAUUGA